CUGUCACACAAGAGGCAGUUCAAGCAUUACUGUGGUAUCUGUUCAUACUCCAAAGAUCUUGCCAGAGAGUAAUGUUUGAUCUACAGCAGGACCAGAUGGCAUUUUGGUCUUUUGUGUUAUAACUAAGAGAAAUGUGUACAUACGUACCAGGUACUAUUGCGCCUUUGGUCUGAGUGCAUUUUGUAAUUAAAGCAGAAUAAUACAAUCAAGAUUUUGCUUGACUAGUCCUGUGACUAUAAAAGGUAAAAAUAGACUGCAGGGCUUUAGCUGCUUUGAGAAUUAGGAAGCAGGUGACUGAAGUCCUGAGUUUAGCAUAGUUCUGCUACAGACUGGUUCUCUAAAACCUGCAGAAAAAGAAAGGGGAUUUCUUCACUCAUGGGAACUUCUGCCUUUUCUGUAAAUAAAACAUGAGCCACAACCAAGAUGUGAACUGAAACCAAAUGUUUUUCUAUUUUAAUUUAUCCUAGGCCCUGAAUAGAUGCCAUAUGCCUUUUAUUCAAGGGGGAGGCUUGCAGACCUAAACUUUUUUCCUCCACUUCUGCCUGCAAAAUGCAGCUGAACCACCUGAGGGGGAGAAUACUCUCUUCCCCUUCCUUCCUGCACACUGGCAGCUACCAAAUGCCUCUGUGGUCCAUCCCCUGUUGUAGAAGGAAAUUUUUCUUCUUACGUGGCCUCUUAUCAAACCAGAAGCUGUUAGUAAUGUGUGUCACCUUACCCAGCUGCUUUGGCACCUAAAAACCACUUUGGGUCACAGAGCUGGUGAGAACAGAUGAGCAUCUUCCCUUUUUGGCAAAUGGCCUCCCUUUGAACCUGUCUUCUCUUACACCUCCUGGAGUGUCCUGAGCUAACUGCUGGGGAAGGGACAUUCCCUCCUUCCACCUGCUGUGCCAGAGAAUGGAGCAAGCUCUGCAGCUGCUCAUGGGCCUUGGCACCACUCAAGGUUUUAUGCUAACAUAGGUCUGUUUCUGCUUGGGCACGGCAACUUUGAUUUUAAGAGCUGUAAGGCUCUGAACUUCAGCCUCAUCACAAGCAAGGCUUCCACAUACCUCAUAGUGAAUUUGGACCAUCUGGAGUAGCUUAUAUCUUCUAGGAUGGCAAGCUUUUGCUCCAUCGAGGGUUUGACCACUACUCAAACUGCUUUGUGAACGAGAGGGGAAGUUACAGAAGCAGGUGGUGCCCCCAGCACCUGUUCUGCUUUUGGCCCCUGGGCAGCUAGCACAGGUGUGGAAGGAAAAGGUGCUGUUUUGACAGAAGUCCUAGGCAGGGGCUGGGGAUACACUGGUUAGUUUGUGUCCAAAGGCACCGCAUCUUCAAAUAUAAAUUUGUGCUUUCCCACUGAAAUCUUUGCUACCUCUGGAAACACAAAUGUUUGCUUACCCCAAAAUGUAUGUUUGCUUGAACUUACUCUGAACUAGAAGAGUGUUCAAAAUUUCCAGUCCUCUUUUUCUCUAGGCGAUUCCCAACUUACAACUUUGUGGAAAAUAUGUCACCUUGGGAUGUGAAAGCUAAUGCUCAUUAAGCCAGUAUAGGUCCUAAAAGCAAUAUAGUGCUGUUCUCCAUCCUGCUGAGUUAAUCAUGCUGAGAAGCAGAAUAGACACACCUCAGAGUGUGCUGCCAUUUGGCUAUACCACUUCAGGAUCUGAAAUAGUAGCAACUCCUACUCAGGAAUUAAUUUUGCCUUAUAAAAUGUACUCUUAAUUCCAUGCUUAAGAGGAAGAAAAAGAUCCUACAUAAGCUUCAUCACUGCUUCUUAUCUUAUUUGUGCUCUUACUUGUUUAAGAUUUCAGCUCUUAAAUUGAGACCCUGAAGACCAAAUGUGGAAGGUGACUUUUGACAGCUCUGGAGCAGAUUGGGAAGCAUGGCUGCUAAGAAACUAAGAAGAGCACAGUUGUCUCAGGAAAUGUGUGAAAGGCUGAGUCGCUAUCAGAUCACCACCUGUCAGGACUUCUUAUGUCUUUCCCUCUUGGAGCUAAUGAAAGUCACGGGACAGAGCUACUAUGAGGUACAGAAGCUUCUUUGUAAAGUCAGCCGAGCUUGUGCUCCCAAAAUGCAGACAGCUUAUGAAAUGAAACUAAAGAAGUCUGUCAAUCCUUCUUCAGCGUUUUUAUCCACCACACUUCAUGGUUUGGAUAGAGUCCUGCAUGGUGGAGUGCCUUGUGGAUCCCUCACAGAGAUAACUGGCCCACCAGGUUGUGGCAAAACUCAAUUUUGUAUUAUGUUGAGUGUUCUGGCUACGCUGCCUGUAAGCAUGGGAGGACUAGAUGGGGCUGUUAUAUACAUUGACACAGAGUCUGCAUUCAGUGCUGAAAGGUUGAUUGAGAUAGCAGCAAACAGAUUCCCUGCUUAUUUUGACUCAGAUGAAAAGCUGCUCUGCAUGACUCGUAGCAUCCACCUGUACCGAGAGCUGACCUGUUGCAGUGUUCUGAAGAGGAUCAUGUCUUUGGAAGAAGAAGUUAUUUUGAAGAAGGUUAAACUUAUAAUAAUUGACUCUGUUGCUUCAGUUGUCAGAAAGGAGUUUGAUACAAAACUCCAGGGCAAUCUGGCAGAGAGAAGUAACUUUUUGACUAGAGGAGCAUCAGUGUUGAAGUAUUUGGCAGAGGAGUUCUCAAUACCAGUUAUCUUGACGAAUCAGAUUACCACAUCACUGAGCAGUGGCCCUGGGGUCUGGGCAGACCUGGUGUCUCCAGCUGAUGAUUUGUCCCUGUCUGAAGGGUCUUCUGUGAGUGAGAAGAGGGAUUCUAGUUAUGUAACAGCAGCCCUUGGCAACACAUGGAGUCACAGCGUCAACACCAGGCUCAUACUACAAUACCAUGACUUGCCAACAAGACAGCUCCUGGUUGCUAAAUCCCCUGUUGCUCCAUUCUCCACUUUUUUCUACACCAUUGAGAAAUCAGGCUUGGUUCUUCAAGACCGAAAGGAUCAAACUAAUUUAGUUUGGGAAGGAACCAAUCCUGCCCUGCAGCCCAUACGAGUGAGGAACACUGCCUUGAAAGAUACUUUACAUGAUGCUACUUUACCCAGCACUACUGAUGAGACUUCAAGAAGUACAUCAAAUCUAUAGAAAGGACAAAUGAAACCUCCCCAAAGACUUGGACAAAUGAUGACAUUGGUUUUCAAAAAUCUGGUGAAGCAGAGAGUGAGCAUUCGUCUUCUUUUGUAUCUUCAAAGACUAACUUUAAAACCAAGUGCUGUUCUUUGUAUAUGUGGGGCCAUACUUAACUCUGAACUUAUGUAAAACCUGUCUUUUGCUUAGGUUAAUUUAAGUGACUUGAUAAUAAAAGCCUCUGAACAACAUACAUGAUACUGAAGAAGUGUAGGCCACACGUGCCUUUCUAAUUCACCUCACAGCCUCAUCAAUUUGGAGGAACCAAUGGCCAAGCACAGGAGUGUCCACAGCCCAAAACACAGUGAAAUGUUCACUUCUUUUUUUCAAGGGAAUGAUAAACCCAGUCAGUGGCUUGAUUACGAAGCAAUAGUGCACUAAGUACUUACUCCUGUAACUCACUUGGAAAUCAUCAGAGAUGAUGUAAGAGUUAAAAAUAGCUGGGCUCUGACUGUUCAGAAUGUUAGGAGAACAAGUAGCAAUCUGAACAGUGGGAAGAUCGAUGUGUAUUACAGCUGCUCAGCUUUCUCUGUCUUCAAAGCACUUUUGAAGUAUUCACAACAUGACUACAAACCACAGAACUGUUUACUCACCUUACAGACUUAGAGAAUGCAUGACUUGCUCGAGGCCACUAAAAGCAUCACUGGCUGUGCUGUGAUCAGGAUCUGUUCCUUACUCUCAAGCCUACAGGAAAGCCAUGGGUUCAGUUAAUGCCAGCUGCUGCUGCAGUCACCAUUGGCCUGGGAGGCUGGGUCUGUCCUCUGCUGUCACAGGGAAAGCCUCCCUGAGCACCCUCUUGAGAAGCAGAGUAGCCUGUACAGAAAGAUGAGAGGUCUGAAGUACUGCCGAAGUGGCUGUAGGUGACCCAGCAAGGAAAUGAGCUGCAGUGAGGCCACCUCAGGCAGGCAGGCAGGCAGGUUGCCAUCUGCUGUUUGCUGGCCAGUCUGGGGGUGAUAAGAGAGUUCCUGGGAGUACGUGGCCCCUACUAAAAGGUACUGCACACUGUUAAGGCUCGCAGUGCCAGAGAUGUGGAAGCCAAUGUUGCAUCACUCCCAGCCACCAGACAGGAUGGCAUGGAGAGACCAUCUCUGCAGCUAUCUGCUUGCACGCCUGCCCAUGCAGCUUUGGGCUCUCCUUUAACAAGGAAGUUUCCAUCACAACAAGGAAGCUACUGCAUUUCAAUAAGCUGCUUCUAAAAGUUAUACAUUUCACCCUGGGGAAGAGCAAUUUUCCAGCUUCAGUGCUACCAGCUUUGAGAAGACCUUUGUAACAUGUAAUUUUAAUUUUGUUUUAGCUAAGAUUUAGAUUUUCUUCUUGACAGUGCUGCACUACGAGCCACUCAAACCCUGCUGAACUUGCUUGUAGCCAUUUUAUCUGAGUAUCUUGUAAAUAUUUGGUAGAGCACUCAGACAGAGAAGUGUUUUUUGCUCUUACAGUCACAUGCCUGGUUCCAGGACCUUUAAGAAGUACAAUAGACUGAAGGCAGGGAAAAUUCCACUGAGAUGCAUUCAAGUCUCCAGGGAGCAACUGCACUCUGUUUAGACUAACAUUUCUCAUUGCUGUCUCUCCCUAUUUAAAAAAAAAAAAAAGUGGAAGGAUUGAGAGGGGGAGUUAGAGGGUUUCAUUAUUAUAAACACCAGAAUGCAAGCAGUUUUCACUCAUUUCUGUCAUAUUGCAGAGCCAUUUGCAGUUGGAGAGGGAGAUAAGAUUUUCAAUGCUCUCUGCACUACCUGGGACAUCUCCAUCAAGUUUUAAAAUGUUUUACAAACAUUAGUGAAUUAAUCCCCAUCUUCUCAUCCCCAUGAAGCAAGCACAGUUUAAAGACAGGGCUGAUGAGACUAAAAUACUUGUGCUUUGCUGAGGUCACAGGGGCAGCAUGGUAACAGAACUUGGGUCUUUGAGUCUCAGCUUUCUGUUUUACACCAAAAACAACACACAUUCCCUCUCUUUCCAAGACUUGCUGUAUUUCCCUUGCUAGGAUAUAGUGAAAACAUGAUGGCAUCACACCUUGAAACAACCUUAGGUUUUCCCCCUUGCUCACAACCACUGUCCCAUGGAAUUAAGAUGUUGAAAAGCUUAAAGAGGGAUGUGAGGUGGGGAAAAAAAAAUCGUCACUGCUCUAUCUGCCUUGGGCAUCCACUGCUAACAGUGGAGUUGGUGUUCUGUUGCGAGCAACCUCAAACAUGUUUGUAUGUACUUCCAUAUAAUAUUCAGGCAGAACAGUGGUAAAAAUGCCAUCAUCAACAAGAGAGCUUGGCUGACAAGAAAAUUGGACAGAUGAGCCAAUAAGUCACCCCUGUAUUGAAUGGAUGUAAUUUCAUUAUCCUUCUGUAUGUGACCUGCAUUUCUUACUGCUUCUUAUUAUUAGCAUCCUGUAACUACAGCUGCAGCCAUCUCUUUCACCUCUUCAGAAGAGAGGGAUAAUCCAUCAGCCAGUUCUUUUUCCAUUAUAUCAGUGAGAUUUUUACCAGAGGGAUUAAUGGUUAGUUGAAGAAGGUUGUUCCCGACAGGGCCAAGUAACAAGCAAUGUGCACGAGAUGAAGUAGAAUACAAGGAAACACAUCUAUAGAUUAAAAGCUCUUAAAUUAUUUUCCCCUUAGCUUCCCUCGUUCACACUGAUAGAUAAUCAGACAUGCAAAGCUGAAUGUAUAUUGACAGUGACCACUGUAAGCAGGACUGGGAGCUUCUCGCACUGUGCAAACAAACCUGAAGUCAGUCAGCUACCAAAACCAGAUCUGUAUGUACCAGCUGUUCCAGCCUUUGUAGGUGAGAGACAUUGGGACCUGUCUCUCCUGUGACCUUAUGAUGUAUCCCAGCACUAGAACUUUUGGCCUCUUAACACUGUUACCUUUUGUGACAAGGCUCCAGCGCUGGCCCUUGGGUAGGCUGCUUCUCCAGCACUCUUCCCUGCAGAGGAUCCAGACCCAGUGCAAACGCUGUGCACAGUGCUCAUUUCAUUCCCUGCUGAAAGGCAGCCAGACCUGAGGUAGAACAUGGCAAGCGCUUCACCGCACCUGGCAACUGCACGCAGCUGCUGAAAACAAGCAAGGAAGAAAGCAGUGUACAAAUGCAGGGGAAUUUUCACAUAGGCAGGAUGUAAUUAGCAGAGCUGGAAUUUGGCCAGCUCUGCUAAUUUGGCCAAUUGGGGGUUAAAACACUGGCUUGCAGGUAACACACUGGGAUCUUUCAUAAUUCAAAUGCUCAGGAUCUCCCAUUUCCAUUUUACCUGGAAGAUGUCAAAAGACUGUUCCCUAUUGAAUGGUCACAGGCAGCUCUCAAACAUCUGACACAAAGGAAGAAGUGUCUAAAUGGUGCUGCACCUGCAGAGCUUCUCUGCCAGCAACUGCCCACCAUGAACAACAGCUGAAAAGAUCACAUCCUGAUAGGACCAUGGCUGCACCACUGUGAAACACACCUCCAUGCCUUGGGGUUCACUUCACCCCUAACUCUCAUCAUUCAGUUUUCAGACCAAAUCCCUUCCAAACAGAAAGAGAAGAUGAUAAAAUUAGGGCAGCACCUUACACACAAAACACAAGAGAGAGAAUAUUACCAUUAGGUGCUGCUUCAAACUUAUUUUCUUCCAUUAGAUAUAAUACCAACUAGCCAUUGGACAACAGAGAAUUUAGAUGAAGCACUUUUCCCCAGUGUUGAUGAGUGAGCUUUUCCAACUGGCCUUGCUGGUAAUACACAGAGCGUGAAGAGCUUUUGCCACCUUCUUCCUUCCAGCAGGGAAAUUGUGUUCAAAGCAGCAAAACAUUUUUUUUCCACUUCAUGAUCUGAUUUUCAGUAUAAGCAAUUUUUUCUGUUUACUACAAGGAUGUUGAAUGUCCACAAAAGAUCAGGGAAGUCAUUCAUGAACCUCACGUGUGUAAAUUCUGCAUGAUGUUUCUACCAUGAUGAGGCCCACAGUCUGAAAUAUAAAUUGAAAAUCUCUAACCCCUUGUCAGUCAGACCUGCAGACGUGCCCAGUCAAAGAGCUGUCUUCCCCUGUGUUGGUGCAGUGUGUGCAAGCAAAACAAGAAGUGUUCCUGCCAUCUGAAAAAACAUAAUCUCUGCAUCAGUAAGUCAUAAAAAAAGGGAGCCCUCCUCUGCCUCUGAGAGCUUACCAUGCCAGCCUUUGGUUUAUUUGAGGUGGUAUGGUUUGUAUGCCCAGGCUGCCAUGGAAGCCCCCUCUUUGUCAAGUGUUGUUUAAUACAACCACCAACCAAAUUUGAUGAAAGUAUCUCAGUCAGUGGGACAGCAAACCUACAGACAGCCUCUCAUGGCAAAAUGCACUGGGGAGAGUAAAGAACGGGCAGCUGCAGGCAACAGGAAAUCCAGCACUAAUAAAUAAAAUGUCUUAUAGCCAGAAAGAGGAAAUAAACAGCAGCAGCCCAAACCGAGAGGACAGAAGAGAGCAUAACUGUGGCAUGGGAAUCGCUGAGUUUACAGUGAGCUUAUUUUUACAGAACGUUGUCCCAGUUUGUUAUGUGUUCAGACUGCAAAAAGAGUGGGGGAGUGGGGGGACUGCUCAAAGAGAGGGUCUCUAUCAGAAGUUGUCAACAACCACUGUAAUUAAGGAAGCAGCCAGAGCACACACAACCAAAGCUGCUGCCAAAGUGAAAUGAAAGCAUUUUUUGUUUUCAGCUGUAGCCCCAAAGGAUAAUAAAAGAUGGUUCUACUAUGCCAAGUGAGGAGCUGCAGGGACACCGUUUCUAGAUGGCUCUCCUCCCAUCUUUCCAAAAUUAUACACUGUGGGGAAGCAGCAAGUUACUGUUCCUAAGUGUGCUUUCAAAGCCCAUGCCUGCACACCCCACUGCCUGCAGCCACCUGGGAAGGCCAACCACAAGACAGGUGGGCCCUCAACCACCAUGGUGACAAUGGAGGUGGCACCAGCUGAGCUCUGCCCCCAGCCAGUGGGCUGUUCUGGCACUGCUUGGUUCAGACUGAUGAAGCAGCGACACUGAAUUUUUCUCCCCUUGCCCUCAGCGAUGGGUUUCACCACGGCCCCACAGCAUAGCCACCACCAGUGGGAGCUGCCGCAUUCAGAAGAGCCACACCCCACUUUCCCCCUGAGGGCAGCUGCAUUUAGGGGCUCACUGGUGUCUUGGCAAAGACCUUCGUUCAUGGCACACCAACACAGUGCUCUUCUCGCUGCUGACAGCAAUGGUGGCGGGUGCCCAUGCCGCAGCAGGUGCUGGCAGAGCCAAGGGGGCUGGUAUGGAUCUUCUCAGCCGUGGGACACGAGGCUUUCACUGCAGAAACUGGUGUGCAGGUUCAGCGAAGGGAAAGAAGUCGUUCAGAAAUUGCAUGCAUAUUUGUGAAUUCAUUCAUCGCGUGGCGUUUGCCUUUCAUCCUCCCCCCGGGCUCUGUGUGCAUUGCUGGCAUUCUCUCCCAAUCCUAUAUAAUAAUUCCCAGGUCUCCACAAGCCACUGCCUGCCAACGGAGACCACAGUCACCGGCCCGCCAGCCCGGUCACAUGAAAAGUUACACGCGAAGGUUUAAUGCUUUCUCCUGACCCCAGACCCUGUUCCUGUGAAUCCCCUGCAGUGUUUUCCUAAUCAGGUGCCAGGGAAGCUUUGCACUGAGCGGGGUGCUAAGAAGGUGGCUAUUUAGCUGCAGCAUUUCCAGAGUCUUUGAGCUCUCUCUGAGCUAAUAAUACAAGCAGUGGAACCAGGUGAAUGUCUGAUAAGGCUGCCAUUUAGACCUGAAGCUGCUUUCCAACAGAAGGCACAUUGCAGUUGCCUCACUUGCUCUAUCCCAGCUGCUGCACUAAUGGUUAAUUGCUUCAGCUGGUAUGGAAAUCACUUCUCAAAGCCUGCAUACAAGGUACACAGCUAUGGUCCAGUAGAAUUUUAGCCUUUACUGGACAUUGACAAUAUGUCUGUUACUAGGGAGUCAAAAAGAAAAUACAGCCCUUCCAUUACCAAAUCCUAGACGAUACAGGUAUUUAGUUCAUCACCCAGCUUGUGAAAGUGGUAACAUAUUUACUUUUGUGUCACCCUUAUAUAUGACAUAUCAGAAAAAACACAUGCUUUUGGAGACUCUCAAAUGGAAGUGAUCUUUUAAUAAAUCUGGAUGACAGGCAGAAAUCUUAAAGGGCUGAUGUAUCAGCAGCUACAGUCAUAUCCUGCUAUCAGUGUUACAUGAGGGAGGGCAGGUAUCUCCUGCAGGAAGAGUUUUUGUCCUCCACCUGAUGUUUUCAUGUAGCAUUUCACACAUGGUGUUGUAUGAUUCAUGCUCAGCUUUUGGAAGCAUGGGAGCUGCAUCUAGCAGUCAGGGCCUGCUGUUCCUCUGCGUUUCAUUCAGACCACAGAAAGACAAGCUAGUUACACCUUUGAGCCAAACAGUUGGAUAAUCAAACUGAGCACUGGUUCUCUUUUUUUUUUUUUUUUUUAAGUUUGAAGGGGAAGGGUCCAGCUUAUUAUGAACUCCGGCCUAUACUUACAUUUUUGUGGGUUUAAAUGAAAAAACCAGUUCAAUUUUUAAGUUACAGUCUGUUCAUAUUGUUCUGAUUUAAGCUCUAUCAUUACCAACAUAACUUUUUAAAACAAACAAAAAAAGCCCCCAGACUGACAGUGUUUUUCAAAUUCUCUGCUUUUUUCAUAAUUUUCAAAAGUGCAGUAUAUUCAAAAGUCUAAGCCUGUCCUGUUUGGCUGACUGGCUGUUUGAUUAUUUCUUUAUAUUAUAUUACAUUGUUUCAUUCUUAACUGUAAGCCAUCAAAAUCAUAAAAUCUGAGUUCAAGUCUCAGUUACACGCAAACAUAGCUGCUGAAAAGGUUUGUCUAACUUCUUAUUAUAUAUGGCAUUUAACAAACUUUGCUUAAAUUGUGUAUUCCCAACUCAAUCCAAACUGAAGAUGAGAAAUCUUGCUUCUCCCAGAUGAGAGCACACCUGAAUAAUAUAGGAAUUACUUUUCUCACUCAAAAGUAUUAAAAUACAUGCAUGUGUUCUGGGGUUUAA